CGACCGAGCAAGACACACAGCAGAGGCACCAUCAUGUCGGCAGAGGCAUCCACCAGCAAUGACGCUGCCAUUGGCUCGCCGUUUGGCGAUGCCAAGGACCACGAAUGGGUGACUCUCAUUAGUCAGGACGGCUACCACUUUGUCCUGGACUACCGCUGCGCGAUUCUCAGUGGCACCAUUCGCUCUAUGCUUGGCCGAGGGCAAGGCGGGGAUGGCGCCGGCGGUGGCAGCAGCAGCGGUCACGCCGACUUCGACGACUCAGUCCCCUCGCCUGCGCCAGGCAUCAAUGGCGACAAUGGCGCCGCGCCCUUUUCGGGGGGCUUCGCAGAGGCCGAGACGCUGACGGCGAACCUCAACCAGAUCCGCGGCGUCGUGCUGGAAAAAGUCGUCGAAUACCUCGUGUGGAAGCAAAAGUACAACGAUUCGACGGCAGACACCGAUAUCCCUCACUUUCAGAACAGAAUCCCACCUGAGAUUGCGCUGGAGCUUCUCAUGGCGGCAGAUUUCCUCGACGUCUGAUGAAUCCAAGCAACCUGUAUUUGUAUGGCAGAGGCACUGCAUUGUAUACAACCCCGUUUCACUGUCAUUGCGACAGUUCCACAACGUAUCGGAUCAGAUAUUGAUGAUGAGGGUGUGUAGUGUACAUUGAG